AUGUUUUCGCGCGUGUCCGCUUCGGAGCUGCGCGCGCUGGCGGGCCACAUGCACAAGCUGACCUUCUCGCGCGGGGACGUGAUCAUCGCGCAGAGCGAGGGGGCGGACCGGCUGCUGCUGCUGGCGGACGGCUACGCGCGCCGCCUGCGCCGCGGCCGCGACGGCGUGGAGCGCUACGUCGAGACGCAGGCGUGCGGCGCCACGCUCAGCGCCCUGCACGUCACGGCCGGCGACCCGAUCUACGCCACGGCCAAGUGCGUCACCCAGACGUGCGCCGCGUACGCCAUGAGCACGCACACCUUCCGCCAGCAGCUGCGCGAACGCCCGCACCUCGCCACACAGGUCAUCGAGGGCCUCUCCGAGGACCUCCGCAUCAAGGGCAGCUCGUUUCGCACCCCACUCCUCGCACAGCGCGCUAACGACGUCAAUUUUGCAGCUGUCUGCGUCGCAGCCACCGUCGAGUCGUACUACCGCUCCGCCCUCAACUCCGUGCUCAACCACCGCCUCAGCGGCCUCUCGUCCCCGCUGUUUCCCAACAUGCACGUCCAGGUUCCGGCCCGCGUCGCCUACAUUGCCGGCUUUAAGGGGCUCAGAGCACUGUUCGAUCGAGAGAUUGACCCGGACAAAUGGGACACCCAUCCCACCCGUGUCGCCGUCCGCGUCACUAAUAUGGUCGCCCCCGGAAUCGUCAUGACCCCCAUCUCCAGCCUGCUCGAGGCGUGCAACGUCGGGCAUGCCAACCCGGAGCCCCUCAUGUAUCGCGCCACGAGGGGCCUGCUGCCGAGGGGGGGAAGAGAGGUCAUCUUCGGCAUCGGCCUCAACCAGCUGAGCGACUUUUUUGAGGAGCGCUACCGCAACGUCGCCAAUGCCGUCGUUGCGGGCACGGCGGGCUCUCUGAGCGCCGGCGUCGUCGCAGGCUAUUUCUCCCAUGUCCCUCAUAACUUGAGCACGUACAAGCUAAUGAACCCUAACAAGCCCUACCCGGAGCUGUUCCGCAUGUUUGUGGACAAGUCGGUGCCCGAAAAAAUCAUCCCCAACGCCCUGCCGAAAUCGAUGCUUCCCUACGUCAAGGCAACGCUCGCUUGUCUCAUUCCGCGCGGCGUCGGCGUGCGAACAGUCCAGAUAUGCGGCUCGUUUGCCCUACUCAAUGGCAUCAUCCAGAUGAUCGAAAAGGACAACAGAAGACGCGCGGGAGGCGGACAACCCGUUUCCAGGGGAGAAGAACAGCCCGAGCCCGAGGCCGCGCCUGCAUAG